CACCUCCGCGCUGGACGUUAGAGCCUACUAACACAGCAGCUGUGUUAGGAACAGAUGUUCUACUGAAUUGCAAAGCAAAUGGGUUUCCCAAACCUCAAAUAAUAUGGAAACGAGCAGAAGGUUCAUUGACAAGCGAUUAUAAAACGUUAUUAACAGAUGCUCACAUACACAUGAUGAGUAAUGGCUCUUUAUCAGUACGACACGUAGAAAAAUCUGAUAGCGGUUACUACAUGUGCCAAGCUAGUAAUGGAAUAGGAUCUGGUAUAAGCACCGUAGUUAAAUUAACAGUAAGAGUUCCAGCUUAUUUUAAAGAAGAAUUUAAAGCAGAAACAAUUCGAAAAGGUGAAAAUAUACGUAUUAAAUGUCAAGCAUUUGGCGAUCGUCCAUUAUCGGUAACAUGGAGGAAAGAUAGCCAAGUUUUAGACAGACAGUUAAACAGAAAAUAUAUGGUUGAAGACACGUUAACCGAUGACGGUAUGACUUCCGAACUGAACAUACCAUCAGCUGAUAGAAGAGAUUCCUCUUUGUUUACUUGCACAGCAGCAAAUACUUACGGCAAAGAUGAUCUAAAUAUACAAAUUAUUGUACUUCCUGGAGGCCCUCCACUCAACAUAAGAGCUGAAGCAGUUAGUUCGCAAACACUACGUGUAUUUUGGCAA